AUAUAGUAACAAAAGAAGGCUUUGUUUACGGAUAGCGAAACGUAACCAAAAUUUUGCUGCCCAAAAUUCUGCGUACCAUUUUCAAAAUGCCUAAAGAAAUGCCCAUGGAUAUGUUGAACAAUUCGACGCGGGAGGUUGUUUUUAGAAGAAAGAACAAGGAAUUGUUCAAAAAACUUGCGCAAGAAUCGCGAUUUGAUGAGAGAGAAGUCGAAGCUCUCGGCUUGAUACAUCGUAAAAUUGAAAAAGUGCGGGGGCCGCUGAAUCGAACAGUGUUUCGUGAUAUUUUUCACUCGGGACUAGACUACACGGAAAACAUACGUCAUCUCCUGGUAGACCGCGUAUUCUCGCAGUUCGAUAAACGUAACGCAUUGCAAAUUUCACCAGAACAGUGGAUAACGAGUUUGUCGACCGUUUUACGAGAUCCCGUGCAAGUUCAAACAGAAUUUGCUUACAAAAUUUACGAUCUCAUGAAAACCAACAAAUUGACCAAGGAGCAAAUAUUUCCAAUGCUACGCGGCUGCUUUAUAAAAGUACAGCCCGAGGAAGAUCCCGACGAGACCGUCAAGGACAUGAUAGAAUUGCUGGUGAAGGCAAUCGACAUCGACAGGGACGGCGACGUUUCGGAGGAGGAAUUCCGAAAAGCGGUGUUGGAGAAGAAUUCGCUCUUCCUGGAGUGCAUGGGCCCGGUCUUUCCCUCCAGAGAGGCAAAGCACGCUUUUCUCACGACGUUCACGAACCGCGUCGCCCGCUUCUAGUUUUUCCCUCGAGUAUUCGCGGAGCCCCGGACUGCUCGACUGUGUUUUUGAUUAAACGCAGCGGACGAAACAGCCCCAUCGAGCAGACUUGGAAAAAUAUUUUUCCAAGCAACGCGGCGGUCUCGCUGUAAAGAAAUAGAGCAAGAGAAACCUGGCUCCCGGGUACAGAGAAAGGCGCGCGCGCGCGUGUGUUGUCGAAGACCUGCCGCCAGUGCAACCCGGCAGAAAGAGCAAUGCUCGUCGAUUUCCACGGCGCCAGCUGAGAAAACACGAGCUACAAGUGCAGAUAUUGCGCUGUUGGAUAUACAUCGUAUCGCUGACAGUGCUGUGCCACUAACAUGAUAUUUGCAAACAAAGUGCCAGAGAGAGUUAGAACCGUAGAGGAAUACAACAGACGAAGCAACGAUCUGUUAUUUUGAACUUUAUUGGACUCAUAGAAAAAUAUGAUAAAUAUGAAGCUGAAGAGUACAAAGUAACAACUGACGACGGUUACAUUUUAGGAUUGCAUAGAAUCCGUGGCAGUCCUUUGAAUCCUAAAAAAGAAGGAAAACCUGUCGUUUAUUUGCAACCUGGUGUUUUUGGAUCUAGUGAUUUUCUUGUUAUGAUGGGCCCUAAUCAAUCUCUCGCAUUUCAGUUGGCUGAUGCUGGGUAUGAUGUAUGGUUAGGAAAUGUCAGAGGAAACGUUUAUUCGAAAUCUCACACUACUUUUUCUACCCAAGGCCCAUUGUUUUGGAAUUAGAAAAAACAAGACAAAGUAAAUUAACGUACGUAGGAUAUUCCAUGGGAACAACACUGAGCUAUAUGCUUUUAUCUACCAAACCUGAAUAUAACGAAAAAAUUAACCUUCUAAUAAGUUUAGCACCAGUAGCUUAUUUUUCAAUGCCAAUAAGUUCUAAUAUAGAUUUUCUCAUACGAACAGUACUGACUAUUGGAUACGUUAAGUAUGAAAUUCUCCCUCAAUCAGUUUACGGAGCACAAUUUGCAAAAGAAAAUUGCCACAAUUUUUCGUUUAUUAAUCCGUGCACAGCUUUUCUUCAGAACUUUGCAAGCGAUAUCAGUGAUUUAAAUGACACUACUAUUCAGAAUAUUCUUAUAAUCCAGCUAGUACAUCCUAUUAUAUUGAGUAACAUUAUCUACAACUUUUUGAAUCAGACAAUACUUUUCAGAAAUAUGAUUAUGGAUGUAGCGGCUUUUUCGAAUCUUGUAAAAAUAAGAUCAAAUAUAAUCAGCGAGCGCCACCAGAGUACAAUGUAUCAUUAAUUAUUGCUCCUAACAUUAUAUUUUACAGCGAUGCUGAUGUAUAUUGUGGCCUUGGCUUUGACAUAUAAAUGCAUAAUAUGUAUUUAUAUGUCAAAGCCAAGGUAAUGUACAAAAAUACAUUCGUCAUACUAUGUACAUAAAUAAUGUAAUGUUUUAUAUUUUAGGAUGCCGAGUAUUUAAGAGAUAAGUUACCCAAAAUUGUGCAUUCUAAGAAAAUUUCUGGUGCAUUUAAUCACGUUGACUUUAUUUGGUCAACUAAAGCCCCAGAAUUAGUUUAGAAUCCAUUGUUAGAACUUCUAAAGAAAAAUUUAUAAGUUUUGCCCCAAUAAAAUAUAUUUACCGUCUACUGUUUUACAAUUUAA